UCAUCGGGAGGAGUCGGUCGCCGGCUCCACCUCGCAUGGCCUUGGCCUCCCUCGCCGCCGCCUCGCUCCCCACCGCCGCCGCCGCAGUGAGGUCACGCGUAUCACUCCUCCGCCGCGCCAUGGCCGCCUCCCCCUCCUCCUCCUCCUGCGCGGGACUGGCGGGGUCGCCGGCAAGGGUGGGGGUGGUGCAGAUGACCUCCGUGGGGGACCUCGACGCCAACUACGCCACCUGCUCCCGCCUCACCAAGGAAGCAGCUUCUGCUGGAGUCAAAUUUCUUUGCUUUCCUGAGGUCUUCUCAUUCAUAGGCUCCAAGGAUGGCGAGUCUAUUAAGAUAGCUGAACCAUUAGAUGGCCCAAUAAUGCAGAGAUAUAGAUCACUGGCAAAAGAAUCAAGUAUGUGGUUAUCUCUUGGAGGGUUCCAAGAAAAGGGUCCUGAUGACUCACACCAGUACAAUACUCAUGUACUAAUUGAUGACUCUGGAGAAAUUAGGAGCUCAUAUCGGAAAAUACAUCUGUUUGAUGUAGAUGUACCAGGCAAUAUGGUGUACAAAGAGAGCCGUUUUACGACAGCAGGUGAUACUGUUGUAGCAGUGGAUAGUCCUUUUGGACGACUGGGGCUUACUGUUUGCUAUGAUUUGAGAUUUCCAGAGCUUUACCAAUGUUUGCGUUUCAAGCAUCAAGCACAGGUCUUACUAGUACCAUCUGCAUUCACAAAAGUAACUGGGGAGGCACACUGGGAAAUUCUUCUCUGUGCUCGAGCUAUUGAGACGCAAUGCUAUGUCAUUGCUGCAGCUCAAGCUGGAAAACACAAUGAGAAAAGAGAGAGCUAUGGUGAUUCUAUAAUUAUUGAUCCAUGGGGAACAGUUAUAGCUCGACUUCCAGAUCGGUUGUCCACUGGAUUUGCUGUAGCAGAUAUCGACUUGUCGAAAGUUGAGGCAGUGAGAACUAAAAUGCCAAUAUCUGAGCACCGGAAGUUUGACAGCGACUGGAAAACCUCAUGAACGUAAUAGCUUAGAGGUGCACAAGAUGAUCCAAUAUUUUGUGUGACUCUGCAUUUCAAUUGUGAAGAACGUCGAAGCCUGCAAAGACAUAGUGUUGUGGCAUUCUCCUGGUUUGGACCGGAGAAUAUACUCUGGUUCCGUGUAACCCCAACUAUGAGGUCUCAAGAUUCCCAAUGAGUCUACCAGUGAUUUCUCAAACCAAAGGAUCAAUUGAUAAUAAUCUUGGCUUGUACAUUGCAGAGCUUGCAUGCUUAUACCAGCCUAGAGUAUUUCAACAAGUGCCGACAUGUUUUACUUGCCAUUGAAUCGAAUGUAAAUUUGUUAUAGUGCAUUUUUUUUGAUAAAUCAACGCUGGGAAUUUGCUGGUUACUGUAGAAAUUCUGAAAAACAAUACUCCACUCCGUAGCUUUUUUACUCUUAUCUAUCCCAAA